AAAUAAAACGAAAUGACAACUGAACUAAUCACGUUCGAAAGUGACGAUUAAUUUCCCGCGACGACUAACCAGCAACCAAAAUAAGUCAUAACAACCUACUCCAUAUUCAAAUCAAAUGAACUAGAGAGUUAAAAUUUGGGAUUCUGGGGGGUCAUAAAGGGAGAAGAAUUAUGCAUGAAUUAUCCAACCAAAUCGAAGAAAAUGAUGCGAUUUCCGAUUCUAAUCUCUUUUACCAACACCCUAAUUCAGAUUUGGCAGAAGAACCCUCAAUUUCCCUAGAUGAGAAUGGAUUCCCACAACUUCCAUUCAAUGAAGAUGGUGAAGAACAAGAACAUGACAAAAAUGAUUCACCCUGUAAACAAAAUUCAAUUGGGUGUUCGAGUUUGAUGAGUCCGAAAAAUGGGAGCUUUGCUGCCGAUUUCUAUGGGUGUGGGUCUGAUUGGUCUAGCUUGAAAUCGCGAGGCGAGUUGCCAUUGAAUUCUAAGAAGCUGAAGCAAACAAACCUUUUUCAAAUGUGGGGGGUUAAGAGGGAAAAGGAUGAGAAACGGGACAAUGAGACUAACAUUGGUGUUGUUCAUUCUGUUAAAACUGAUUCACAUUUCAGACCUCCUUGUGUUCCACCUGACCCUUUUUGUGCCCCCAAUCGAGCUUUGGAAAUCGAUUCGAAGGAGUCUCAGAAAAGGAAAUCGAUGAUGGUACAAGGAAAAGCUCGGCCAUGUCCUUUCUAUAAGAAGAUUCCAGGCACUCCCUUUACUGUGGAUGCAUUUCGGUAUGGUGCUGUCAGAGGCUGCUCCGCUUACUUUCUUAGCCAUUUUCAUGCUGAUCACUAUGGUGGCUUAACCAAGGCAUGGUCACACGGCCCCAUCUAUUGCACCUCUAUAACUGCUCGCCUGGUUAGAAUGUGUCUCUAUGUUAAUCCAUCAUACAUAUGCCCUUUGGAGAUGGAUGUCGAGCAUCUAAUUGACGGUGUCAAAGUGACACUUUUAGAAGCCAAUCACUGCCCAGGCGCUGCCUUGAUUUACUUCCAUCUUCCAGAUGGACAACGUUUUUUACACACUGGAGAUUUCAGAGCUUGUAAACACAUGCAAACUUAUCCCCUUCUUGUAAAUAACAAAGUCAAUGUGCUUUACCUAGAUACAACUUAUUGCAACCCAAAAUACAGGUUUCCUUCGAAAGAAGAAGUCACGAGCUUUGUUGUAAGGACCGCUAAGACCUGUCUCAAAAAGCAACCGAAGACCCUCAUUCUAGUUGGGGCAUAUAGCAUAGGGAAAGAGUGUGUAUAUAUUGCCAUAUCAGAGGCAAUAAAGGUCAAGAUAUUUGCAAAUGCAUCAAGGAGAAGAAUUUUGCAGUCCUUCGACUGGCCUCACCUUUCCAAAAAUCUUUGCACUAAUGGGAAGGAUACCCCUCUUCACGUCCUGCCUAUUUCAUCAUUGAAACACGAGACCCUGAAGAGCUACUUGAAGACAUACCAGGAUCAGUUUAACGCAGUUGUGGCAUUUCGACCAACAGGUUGGACUUUCUCGGAGUCUGUCGGUAGUCAGUUGGAUCUAAUCAAACCAAAUUGUCGAGGAAACAUCCAAAUAUAUGGAGUUCCCUACAGUGAGCACUCCAGUUUUACUGAACUGCAAGAAUUUGUUCAGUUUCUCAGGCCCAACAAGAUAAUUGCAACAGUGAACAUCGGAAAUGCUACAAAUCGGGAAAAACAGCAAUCAUAUUUUCGGCAGUGGUUGGAUGGCUGAGCUCUAAACAUAGCCAAUCAAUUUAUGAUUUGCAGAGUAUUGUUGGAAAACCUCAAGCUUGGUUAUGAAUUCUGCAGAGCAUUUUGUUUGAGAAGUUCAAUGGUUCAGAUUGAUGCUGGCAGGGAACCACGUAAUGGCAGAUGCAUAAAGGUUAUCAGUUUAUUGCUAAAAUCUACAUCCCAGAUUAGUUUUAACACUUUCAGAUCACAAACUUUUAGGAGAUAAGUUGUUAUCCGGAUAUUAAAUUUAUAUUAUUGAAAUAGUGGAUAUAAAAGGUAAUAGUGGGACAUUAUUUUAUUGAAAAAUAGAUUUGACAUAAGAUAGUGAAAUAAUUUUUCAAAUGAAAGGUAAGAGAGUGUGUCACCA